AUGGCGGAGGCCGGUGUGGGCGGCCAUGGCGGCGGCGCCGCGGGCCUCGCGCUCGUGGAGGGCGGCGCCGGGCGGGCCGCGCGCCUCGGCGACCCGGGCGACCUGGUGGCCCUGGCCCGGCAGGUGCAGCAGGCGGAUGACUUUAUCCGAGCGAGCGCCUGUGGAAAACUGACUGUCAUCGCCGAGCAGAUCCGGCACCUGCAGGAGCAAGCUCGCAAGGUCUUGGACGAAGCUAACAGAGAUGCUGAUCUGCACCAUGUGGCCUGCAACCUCGUGAAGAAGCCAGGAAACAUCUACUACAUGUACAGGCGGGAGAGUGGCCAACGAUACUUCUCCAUCCUGUCCCCUAAGGAAUGGGGGACCAGCCCCCACGAGUUCCUCGGCGCCUAUAAGCUCCAGCAUGACAUGUCUUGGACUCCCUUUGAGGAUGUUGAGAGACGAGAUGCUGAAAUAAAGGCCCUGGACAAGCUGCUGAGCCGGCAGGCAGCGCUGCCCUCGUCUACAGAGCCCAACUUCCACGGUCUCACCAAGUGACACGAGCCACUGCUGCGACCGCAGAGCAGACGGGACCUCUGAGCAGAGCCUUGUGAGGGGACAGACUGGCAGGGGCCAAACCCUGCCCAAGACAGGGGCAGGAGAGAGCUCCAGAAAUGAAAAUGCUGCUACUACCAUUACAUGCUCUGUACUUUAACGAGACUAAUUCCAAAUUCAGUCUUAACUGGAUUUUCUAGUAACAGAGUAAUUUAUUUUUUUGACUCAUGCCAAGCGCUAGCAAGAGGCAGAUAUUAGAUGGAGUCAGUCCAAGAGGGUGGGGGACAGAAAGCAAAAUCCCUUGGUGCAGAUGUGCUGAUACCAUGAAUUAAUGUCCCACCUGGCCAUCUGUGGCAUGUGACCUACCACAUGUGUGGUAGGUAAUUGUUUCAGGGCUGUUUUUUGGCCUUUAUGAAGAAACACACAGUGAGGAAACCCUAUGGCCAGGGAAAAGC